UACAGCAGCGGCCGGAUGUUCAGUGUGGAGACAGGAACAACAAAGAAGAGAAAGCGCCCGGGUUUUAAACCUACUCGAGAACACACCAGAACACAAAACCAAGGAAAUUAGCUGUCGUUCACAGUAGGGCAAAAGAAUUUGGUUUGCAUGUGAGGACAAGUGUCUGCCGAGCCAACCAUGGCGAACAAUGCAGAGGAUAUUGAAAACAAUAUGGACCAACAGGAGACCAAUGUGGCCUCUGAACCCCCCCAGCAGCCACAGGAGGCUGCAGUGACCAGAGCACGAUCCAGAGGAGGUGGCGGCGAGGGUGGAGGAGGUGGUGGCGAUGGUGGAGGAGGUGGUGGCAGUGGACCGGAGCAAAAUGGGCAGCCUCCCGCCGCUCAGCCUCCACGUGUGGUGGAAACAGAGGAGGACGAGGACGAAGAGUUGACCUUGAAAUAUGGGGCCAAGCACGUCAUCAUGCUGUUCGUUCCCGUGACCCUCUGCAUGGUGGUCGUUGUGGCGACCAUAAAAUCUGUCAGCUUCUACACGCAGAAUGACGGGCAGAGAUUGAUCUACACACCAUUCCCUGAAGACACAGACACAGUAGGACAGAGAGCUCUCCACUCCAUCCUGAACGCCACCAUCAUGAUCACUGUGAUCAUCGUCAUGACUUUGGUGCUGGUGCUGUUAUACAAGUACCGCUGCUACAAGGUGAUCCAAGGCUGGCUCUUCCUCUCCUCCCUCCUCCUGCUGUUCUUCUUCUCCUAUAUCUACCUCAAAGAGGUUUUCAAGACCUACAACGUGGCCAUGGACUACUUCACCCUGGCGAUAAUAAUCUGGAACUUCGGAGUGGUGGGCAUGAUGUGUAUUCACUGGAAGGGACCGCUACGGCUCCAGCAGGCCUACCUCAUCAUGAUCAGCGCCCUCAUGGCCCUGGUUUUCAUCAAGUACCUGCCAGAGUGGACCGCCUGGCUCAUAUUAGCAGUUAUAUCUGUCUACGAUCUGUUAGCGGUGCUCUGUCCCAAAGGGCCUCUGAGGAUCCUGGUGGAGACAGCUCAGGAGAGGAACGAGCCCAUCUUUCCUGCUCUCAUCUAUUCCUCUACGAUGGUGUGGCUUGUCAACAUGGCCGACACUGAUGGGCCAAAAAGGAACUCGACAGAAGCGGCGUCACCUCAACAAGAGGCUCCAGAAGCCGUGACGUCCCCGGCUCCGUCCAGUCCGUCACAGGACGACGGAGGCUUCACCACCUCCUGGGUCAGCCAGCAGGAGCACCAGCUGGGGCCGCUCCAGUCCACCGACCAGACCAGACGGGAGAUCCAGCAGAUGCCCUCCGCUCGUCCUCCUGUUGACGACGACGAUGAGGAGAGGGGCGUCAAGCUGGGACUUGGAGACUUCAUAUUCUACAGCAUGCUGGUGGGAAAGGCCUCGGCCACAGCCAGCGGCGACUGGAACACCACGCUCGCCUGCUUCGUAGCCAUCCUCAUUGGCCUGUGUCUGACCCUGCUCCUCCUCGCCAUCUUCAAGAAAGCCCUCCCGGCUCUGCCCAUCUCCAUUUUUUUCGGCCUGGUCUUCUACUUCGCCACGGACAACUUGGUGCAGCCCUUCAUGGACAGGCUGGCGCUACACCAGUUCUACAUUUAGCAGGACGCUGCCCUGAUAACCCUCACCCACAUAGCCCUCUGGCCAACAACACGAGAGCGGUCCCCUCACAGCCGUGGGAACAAAAGGGCGAUGCAGGGGCCCCUCCCGCCCCCAUGUCCCCUCAUAAGAACUCAUGAUGACGGGACACAAGUUGUUUUUGUUCUGCCUUUCUUUCCGGCGCCAAGGGAGGGUAUUCCCCACUCUUCUUUAAAUAUUUUAGUUUCAAACCAAGUGACAUUUCUCACUCGACUUGGGACCUCAUCUUCAAAUCGCCGCUCACCGGUCUCAGGCUCAAUCCAAACUAAGAGAAGUUAGUGGGAAUAUUUUAAUUUAUCCAGGGAAGCUUUGCAAGAGCUCUUCUUCUCAGCAGCGCCCCUGCUUCACAUCCACACACAUUCAUACCUGGGAGCUUCCCCAGUACAGUCCUCCACAGUAGGUGCCUUGCUCAGGGACACCUCGCCGGUAGCUGUUGAGCCAAGGGAGUUGGUUUCAUUAAAUCUCCCUUCAAAGACUUUUCUCAAACAUCUUCAUUUUUACAACCCCUGAGCCACCACCGCCCCCCCCGCAGACUGAACCCAAGAUUAAAAAAGCCUUCAUCCAAGUAACAGACACUCUGAUGAUAUUGAUAAUAGAUUGGUAAAUGUGUAGUUUGAUUGUGUACGAGCUGUCAGUCACCAGACGUGCUUUCCUCACCGCUGUCAAGAAUGAUUUUGUUUCCCCACUCGAGACACACAAAAAAAAAAAUCAAAGCUCACCCCCUGAAAGAUUUACACAGUUUGAGCAUGUGAAUCUUUCUCACGGGAAAAAGUGGAAGAAUUCCUCGUCUCUGGAAUUAAGAUAUAAGCGUAUAAUUGUGGCACUCACUCGUGUUUCCUGCCCUGAAUUUUAGAAUCACAUUUGAAGUCACGGCCCACAGACGGAGGAAAGCUCGCACACACUGACACACUCACACCUGAGACUUGCCUGCCAUGUCAGUCUUGUACUGUCGGUCACUGAGCGGCUCUGCCGGAGCAAUCGGAGGUUCAGUGCCUUGCUCAAGGGCAUUUCAGUAGUAGUCGUCGUUGUUAUUGUGGGACAGAAAUGUGCGUUUCAUUCUUCCUGACUGAGAUUUAAUUCCCUUUUGUUUUUUUAUUUUUUUUUCCAACCUGUCCAGGGAUUGUAACCUGUGAUCAUCUGGUCACAAACUCUGAACCUUUAGGCUAUAGCUGCCCUCACGACGCUCGCCUGGUGCUGUCUGGAACUAUGCUACAUCAGACACUACUAUACACAGAUACAUUUGUGUUUUUGUUUUUCAAGAUAUGCAGAAGAGAAACUUUGUACUUUUUGAAACACAACGGUAAACAUUAACGGGGUUCCUACACAGAUCAGGAAUGACAGAAAUUCUGUGCGUAUUUCGAGGUAAAAAUAAAAAAAACCUUUGUGAACAUUUUUGGAAAACAUAAUCUCCAGUUGUCCAGCGUCAUAUGCUUAAAUGACUGUUUUAAUCAAAUUAAAGACAAACCAAAAAGUUAAAAUCGAGCUAAAACAUAAUGAAAAUGAGGUCUUGUAUGAUAUAUUGAGAUGUGUAUGAACCCAAACUCUGUUGCUUCUCAGAUUGACAGAGAAGGACGAGCUGCACUGAUUGCUCUUUGUUUGUUGCACUCGAGUUUCAUGCUUGCAGAAAAGAAACCAAGAGGGAACAAUACAGUGAUAUUUGUUCUGAAACUUUUCCUAUUUUUUUUUUUUUGGUUUUAGGGAAUAUGUUGGGUGACUGGCUCUUUUUUCUGUCCUUCACAUGCAUAUGUGUGUUAUGCAAGGUUAUUCAAUUCAGAUUUUGUUUUUUAAUAAAUAAUGAAACUAAAAAUA